AUUGAAAGUAUGAGGGGUUAUGUGCAUAAAGCUCAAACCAGAGGGGUUUAAGUGAUAAUUACCCAAUUAAUUAUCAGCCCAAUAUGAAGUCCAUCAAAUAUUGGGCUGAUUGACUAUUGGGCCUCUAAAUUUCUCCGCCAUUUAAGGCCUGCAUUACAUUCUCGAAGAAACCGUUUUCGUAUGAAAUUCCUGCAAAUUAUUGAGUUCACAGCGAUUCAAUUAACUCUGCAAAUGUACGAGUUGUUGGGUUGGGCGUGAGAUUUCUGGAGAAGAAAUGAAAAUUGGUAGCAUUUCUCUGAGCUCACAAUUCGUUAUUCUGGUAUCGGCGGUAACGAUUCUCCACCGAGUCAGUUGCGACUCGGUGUCUGGUUUGUGCGAACUCAGCGUCAAGGACAAGAACAAGGUCUACUACUAUAGCUUGAAGUCUCCGCUGCGCAACUUUCCCCAUGGAAUCCUCAGCGAAGAUGGGUUUUAUAAAGUGGCUGCUAAUGGGAGCAAGCUUUGGUUUCAGCUUUGCGGUUCGAUGAUAUUCAACCAUGAUCCUCCUACGUGUGUUGACUGUAAGGACUGUGGUGGUUCAUCACGCUGUGGUAUGGGCUGCAGUGCACUUAUCUCUAACAGAAUAGAAGGUUAUCCUGUUUGUACAACACUUGGUCAGCCUUCAAGCACAUCUAUUGAUGUCCUUGAUAUAAAAGAUCCUCGUAUGGGAAUCAUUGUUAAGAUGACAAACAGUGGCCCAAAGCGUAAUUGUUCACUCUCUGUGUCAGUUAUAUGUAAUUCAAAUGGCGUCCAAGGGCCUCAGAAAUUGGAGACUAAUGGGACCUGUGAUUAUACGACAGAGCUGAAACAUCCAUUAGGCUGUGCCAAGACUAUAUCUUCUGGUGGAAAUGGAUGGGGAUGGUUUGGUACCUUCAUGAUCAUUAUCUUAUGCCUAUCUGGAGGUUAUCUACUGGCUGGUGCAGGUUACCGGUAUUUCUUCCUGCAUGUUCGUGGUAUAGAUGUAAUUCCGAACUUGGAGUUUUGGGCUAGCUUGCCACAUACAAUACAGACUUUGUUUCAGUCUUUAGUGCGGAGAUUCAGAGGACCAUCACAAGGUUACAGGAGCUCUUACUCUCCAGUUAAUUUCUGAGCUCUGUCAUUUCAAAUCUGCAUCUGAUCCAUAUAACAAGCAGUCGCCACCUCUGUGUUGUGAAAGUUAUCGGGCUUCCACUUACACUUUCUCCUCCUUUUCGACAUCGGAUCUUUUUUUCAUUUCGUCCGAAAAGAUUGAAUGUUUUUGCUGCAGUGUUAGUCACAUAUUCUUUUCUAGUGUAUUCACAUAUUCAAUUCUCUCUUCUUGUUAGUGAUACAACAACAAAUAUCUCUAAUCUCAGGUUUUAGCAGUCAUUUUUAAAGGUUACUCCAAUUUUUGUGAUUAUAGAUUACUAGUUUCCUUC